UGUAUGUCCAGGGCGCACCCUCUUUUUCAGCUGUUGAAUCCUUUGAAUUUUUUAAAGAUUUCUCUCAAAAAUCCUUAGUCUAAUUGAGAUAUGAAGAAGUAACAAGUACCAUUUGAUUUUGCAGCAGCUCGGCGGCCCUUAGGCAAGGAUGAGGGACCGUCAAGCUGUUGACAGCCUACUUCUGAAGGAGCUGAAGUCAUGUUGUGCUCAAGAGUACAGCUUCCUUCCCAGAGAGGCCGGCCUGAAGUUGAUGGAGUCGGCUUCCGCAAAGAGUCACAUCGGUGUGUCUGUAAAAUGCCGAGACCACAGAGUGGAGGAACUGUGGGGCCUGACCAGCUUCUUUGGCUACAGCACCCAAACAUUUGUUCAAGCUGUCAACCUGUUAGAUAGAUUCCUUGCCAUCAUGAAGGUGCAGCCCAAACACUUGCCCUGUAUUGGAGUGUGCUGUCUUCACAUGGCUUCCAAAAUGAUCGAGGAAGAGAGCAAUGUCUCGCCAACCCAAGAACUCAUACGCAUCAGUCAAAGCCGGUUUACAGUGUCAGAUUUGUGUCGUAUGGAGAAGAUCAUCUCAGAGAAGCUCAGUGUGGAGACCAAAGCAGUGACAGCCUUAACCUUUCUACACCUCUACUACUCUGGCUUCCAAAACCAGCUUGUUGAAAGUGAGAAGAUCCCCAGCAUUGGGAGACUGGAAGCCCAGUUAAAGGCUUGCUUGUGCCAAUUUACAUUUUCUAAAGCAAAACCAUCAGUGCUGGCACUGUCGCUCAUUGCUCAAGAAUUUGAUGUUCUCCAAUCUGUCACCUCGUUGAAGAUUGUUCAACAGUUUCAAAAACACCUCAAGAUCAGUGACAACGAGCUGCUUCUCUGGAAGGAAUUUGUUGCCAAGUGCAUGAGCGAGUACCACUCGAGUGAAUGUAACAAACCAGACAAUAAAAAGCUGGUUUGGAUCGUGUCCCGAAGAACAGCACAGAAUCUCCAGGCCAAUCGCUUCAGUGUGCCAGGUCUGCCAACCAUUCCUGAGGGAGGCUGGGAUGAGAGUGAAAGCGAGGACUCCUGUGAGGACAUGAGCAGUGGAGAAGACAGUCCUUGCGGCUCACCAGGAAGUGACGGCGAGGGAGCUUUCUUUCCCUCCAUCUUCCCUAUUUGCAGAAAGUGAUGAGUCAUUAGUGUGUGUUUGUUGUUGCCUUCAAAUGUAGUCUUGCCCUCCUGCACAGGAUAUGUUACUGCCAGCUAAGCAUUGCCAUACUUUGAAGCUGUUUUUUCAACUGUGGCGUUCGAGCUAACAAUUUUUUAAAAAUUCAUUUAUUUUUGUGUUAUUAAUACAAUUGUUGUUUCCAGAAGUUGCCUUUGGUUCCAGGUUGCUUGCUAAACUAUUUUAUGUUGUGUUUUUUUUUUACACUGACUGUACUGUUAAUCUUAGCACUCGUUGUGCUGUUGCCUAGCAGCCGUAGUCUCACGACUUCACACUGGGACAUAUCUGCCCACGUCAUGACCACGAGCUCAGCAGUUGAAGGCAGGGCAUCAGCGGAAAUGUAGCUGAUUUAUAUUCACCAACAUGACUCCACACAAACCUGUGUCAUGUCUUAUAUAACAGGUUGUGAUCAUGAAGUGCCUGCAUUGAUUGUCAGUUCCUCCACAUGUCCAAACGUCUCCGAAUGCGAAAAUGGAAACGUGCAAUAUCUCAGCAGCUUGAGCGCAAUACAUUUGAACCUGUCUUUUAUUGUGGUGUCCAGUCUCCACACAUUCCAGAACAAACAGUUACAAGCACAAGGACUCACAGUUAAAACCAUCCCAGACACCAGUGUCAUCAUCAGUCCCGUUUAAAAACUGAUUUUUUUUAACUGUAUAGCCUUUUCUGUAUAUGUUCAUUUACAUGCGUUGGUAUAUGCUACCAUAAUAUGAUAUGAUGAUUCAGUGUUAACAUAUCUGACUGUAUAUGCAUGAAAACAUGUAUUUAUGUGUGUGUACAUGUUUACCAAGAUAAGCUAAAAAGUAAAAAAAAAAUGUAUAUAACCUGUAAAAACCAAAAACAAAGAAAAUGUAUUUUUGCAACAUAGAGUUUAUGUGGAAUAAGUUGAAUUUCUAAGAAAAAAAAUCCAUCCUAAUAAACAUUUAUAUUUUUAUCUA